AUGGCUGAAAUGCGACCAGUCUUACACUUGUUUGACGUUUUCUCUCGUAAACUUUAUAUAGACGGGUACUUGUGUAAAAAAGACGUGACAAGUGGACCACAAGCACAGGGAUGGGUGGAGUAUUAUAUAGAACUGUGUGGGUCGUCACUUAAAUUACAGCGAAUCAAUGAAGAUGGGGUAGAUACCAGCGUUCCCUCAUUCUUCAUAAACAUUGCAAGCUCUAGUGUAAAAAUCAUUGGAACUGUUGACGAUGAAACACAGGUGCGAACUAACGUUUUGUUGUUAGACACUGGUCAAGGCAACAAAUACUUGAUUCAGGCGCCGGAUGAAAAUAAACUUAUUGAGUGGAUUCGGGCAAUCCAAUUGUCUUGUUUCGAAGGAUCAAGACUGAAUGAAGUAUUUACUGCAACAUUACUGAAACGUCCGGGAUUCAAAGAAGCCCUUUCCUCCCCAGUUUUGGUAAAGGGAAAGUUUGAAGGAUACUUGCAGGUUCGAUUUGCCGGGGAGAAAGAAUCCAAGAAAUGUUGGGUAACUGUAAGCGAUCACAGAACUGAUGAGAAGAAAAAGAAGGACCUGACAUUCAAUAGGGGAAUUGCAAUGUUUUACGAAUCUAAGAGAUCUAGAAAGCCGUUUAUGUCGUUAGCUAAUGUGUUACAAACUUAUGUCAUGUUUCCCGGAACUACCGCGUUAAUUGAUAGAGUAAAUGAAUUCCUUGUGGAAGGGUCACUUUUUCCAUCAGACACUUCUCAGAACAAACCGGGAGAUUUUGUGAUUCUGACAGCAGAUUCGCCAACUGAAAUGGCAAAGUGGCUUGUAGCAUUCUUUGACAGUUUUAAAUUGUACGGCAGACCAAAAGAGCUUUUGUACGAUUUCAAAGAUCCCGCGUCGCCCCUUUUCGCUGUCCCUACCGAGAAAAGUAAUGUAACACUAUUUUUGACAUUACAAGAUGUUGAGCACGUCGACGUCAGCGAAUCAUCUGCAGACGUGAGGGCUGAGUUUGCAGAAAUUGUUAGGAAGAAUUCUGCACAAUCUCAUUCACACGGCACAACCUUAACUCCAGAUAAUCAAUCUUCGCUCACAACUCAAAAUCCUACUUCCCUUGGUCCAAAUGUUCAAAGAAAAUCCUUCCUUGGCUCCGGUUCACCUCUUCCAAGUCGGCCAAGGGAAGGUUCAGUAUCGCCACUACCGUCCCAAAGGAUUACUUCUUCGGUAAUCAGUUCACCGACUUUGAAGAAACCUUUAACGGGACCAGGAUCGAAAACGGUGACGAGAGAUGAUGAAGUAAAGGAAGAAACUACAGAAAGUGAGUCCGAGGGAGAGAAUACGAAUGAGGAAACAGACGAAGAGUCUGGGGAAGACGACCACAUGUUGCGGCGUAACACUGAAGAAAACGCAAAGUCGUCUAGUUCGCUAUCGCUUUUAGAUACGACAGUAAAUUUAAUGCCUGAUCCACCGGUUGUUGACUCGCCAAUUAGUGGUGAUUUGAUGUCUGAAAUUAUGACUGCCUUUGAAGAGCAGAAGGACAAAAUGCAACAAUCCAUCGAGUCACCGAAGAAAGCAGUGGAUAAACCUAAGCGAUCUGUGUCUUUCAAGAAUCCACCAAACCCAAUGAAAAAAUCGCGUAAAAAAAUUGAACCUCUUCCAUCAGACAGUGAUGAAAAGAAAAGUGAUGAAUAUUCUAGCGUCGCAAGUGACGAAGAAAGUGAUGAUGUUGUAGAUGUUGACGCUGGGAAAGGUAAGGGAAAGGCAAAGGAAGAAACGCCGGUACCUUUGGAUAGUAAACGCAAGAAAAAGGCAAAGGUUGUUCCACAACCUUCUGAUAGCGAAGACAGCGAAAAUGAUAACGAGGACGAACCAAUUAUACCUACUUUGCAGGGACAUUCUCGAUUGAGACCAUCUGACAUUCCCGGUAGACAAGAUUAUAGUUAUAGACAUGAGGAUCAGCCCUUGGCUAGACCGUAUAGAGCAUCGUCACCUUAUGGCCAACCGCACGGCUAUGGUCAACCCUUGCCUCAAUAUGCGCCAUAUGGUUACGAUCAUAGAUAUCGACAGUCUCAAGGAUACUACCCUUCUGGGGCAGGCGGUUAUGGCAGGGACGAAUUUUAUGACAAUGACUUGCAGCCCUUGGCUCAAUCAUCUGCCAAAGGGCGUCAAAUGCGUGCCGCCUUACCCGAUGACCCGCCCCGAGGUCGACCAAAGGGAAAGAAACCCUUAAAGAGUCAUCAGAUGGUUCCAAUAGAUGUUUAUGAAGACGUUGACGGUGGUAAUGAUGUAGAGGGCUUAGAAGAGGAUGAUACAGAACUUGCAACAAAGAAAAAAUCUAAAAAGAAGAGCAAUAAGAACGAGAAUAAAGAUAAUUCCGAUAAAGACACCUCGGAAGCUUCUGAAGGUGAUAGAAUAAACAAGUCUCGAAGGGUUUUCAAACCAACUAAAUCAAGUGAGCGAAGGAACGUUACCAAGGGACAGAUCCAAGACUCAAGUGAGUCAGAUAAAACUGGUGAGGAUUCCGAAUCUGACGAAGAGCAACCACUCGUUUUGUUAGUUUCUGAAGAUGGAGCGCCGCUACAAAACCCGUUGAAUUACCCUCGGGGUGCAUUUAACACGCCCUCCCGGUCACCAUCACCCAAUUAUGCAUUGGGACAACGGUACAGCAAUAUACCCCCAGGUGAUUAUUAUGAAAACGAGUAUUUAGACCCAAGAGGUUAUGGUGAAGGAAGACGGGGUUCUCGUGGGUUCGAUUAUUACGACGAUGAUCGAAUUAAUGUGCCGGGUGGUUUAGGUGGACGACCCAGGUCAGCAACUGGACGUCGACGAAUAAGUGGUGGUGCAGCGGAUUAUGCUCGCGAUCAGUAUUAUGAUGAUCCAUAUUAUGACGAUCGUGGUAGCAAUCCGUUUGCCACUCCACAACAUUUUCGUCCAAUGUCACUUCUCGGUUCGUUAAACAAUUCUCAGCUCUCAGCCCGUCAGAUGGAAGUACUAGCACGGGAGAGUGGGACCACUUUGAUUCAAUUAGAAGAGAAACCAAAAGAUCCAAGGGCAGGAUUAGUAGGCGCAAUAACAGCACGAGAAAAUGCUCGCAAAGCGGCUGGAGCCAAUACUAUCUCAAGACUAGCUGAGCUGGAGAGAGAACGUUUAUUUGAAAAAGAGCGCGAACGAAGACUUGCUGAACAAAGAUAUUUGGCUCGCAUGCCCGACAAUAGGCAGCCUCUAUAUAGCAUGGAAGGCGAUCCCAGAAUGAGAAUGUAUCCGGAUCAGCAGCAGUGGGAUGGGAGAAUCACUGCCUCAACGCCCCAACCCCCAAGACAACCACGAAAACCAGGAAGGCGACGAGACACUGAAUAG